AUGGUGGGGCUUCUGGCAUGGCCUACUCUUAGCUGGGCAUCCGGGGAACCGGAAAUGUUAAACUCCUUCUUAGCGUGGGAGACCCUGCUGGAGGAUAAACCUCCGCUGUACUUCGCACUUCGACACCAGAGUCAAUCCCACGCCAAGCUGGGCAUCCGGGGAACCGGAAAUGUCAAACUCCUUCUUAGCUUAGGAGACCCUGCUGGAGGAUAA